GAAGUGGCGUCACGGCAGCGUGACGGCCCCGGCAAGAUGGCGGCGCCCAGCUUGCUGUAUGGGGGACUGCGGCGGAUCCUGUCCGGGCUCCUGGGCAGCGGCUGGGCCGCGCCGCCCGCCCGAGCCCUCCGCCAGGUCGUGGAGGUGACUGAAGGCAACACGACCACAAUUGAAGGGAGAAUUAUAGAGGAAGCUGAAGCACCACCUCCUCCAAACCCCUCUGGCCAGUGUCCCAUCUGUCGCUGGAAUCUGAAGUAUAAGUACAAUUACGUGGAUGUCUUGCUGCUGAGUCAGUUUAUCCGUUCAGAUGGAGGGAUGCUCCCACGAAGGAUCACAGGCCUCUGCUUGGAGGAGCACAAGAAGGUUGCUGUCUGUGUGCAGAUGGCUCAYCGUGCAGGUUUGUUGCCAAACCACAGGCCUCCACUUCCUGAAGGGCAUAUUCCCAAGAAACCCAAGCUGAACAGGUACCUGACCCGCUUGUCCAUCAGAGCUGCAAAGCCCAUUUGGAGGAGGGGCCCUAAGUGGUGCAAAAAGCCUUUUCCAGUUGGACACCCCCUGCUGAAGGAUAAUGUCAAAUAUACACAAAAGCCUCUCUGUUUAAACCACUAGUGGCCAGAACUGGUGUAGUCAGUAAGCACAUGUUUUCCACUGUUCUGCUGGGUUUUUUUCAAGUUGGUCUCUAUCUCAAAUUUUCUUAUUACAAAAUUGUUCUUAGUGCUCUA